CCUCUCCAGGGUUUCAGAACUCUUACAAAAGUCUCGCCUGAAAAUAAUUGAUCAUGAUAAAUCUUAAGCUGGGAGUUGAGGUUGUUAGUGCUCAUAAUCUUUUGCCGAAAGAUGGACAAGGUUCAUCCAGUGCCUUUGUGGAGCUAUACUUUGAUGGUCAGAGGUUCCGAACUACAAUCAAAGAAAAGGAUCUCAACCCUGUUUGGAAUGAGAGCUUCUACUUCAAUAUCUCUGAUGCUUCCAACCUCCAUUAUCUAACCCUUGAUGUUUAUGUCUACAAUGAUAUUAAAGCUGCCAACUCCCGAUCAUUCCUUGGAAAGAUUAGCCUAACUGGCAAUUCUUUCGUUCCCUACUCUGAUGCUGUUGUCUUGCACUAUCCUCUAGAAAAGCGUGGUAUUUUCUCGCGUGUACGAGGAGAGCUUGGCCUAAAAGUCUAUAUCACUGAUGACCCUUCCAUAAGGUCUUCUACUCCACUUCCAGCGGCUGAAUACACCACAACUGAGGAGCCCAAUGUAACUCAUACGCAUGCCAGAGCAGUUCCAAAUCCAGUCAACCCUGACAAAGUUAAGUCAAGACACACAUUUCACCACCUUCCUAACCCGACUCACCAUGAACAUCAACAUGAUCCUUCUCCUCCAGUAGUUACCCAUCAUUUACCCAAGUAUGAGAUUGAUGAGAUGAAAUCUGAACCACAGCCUGCAAAGCUAGUUCGCAUGUACUCAGCUGCAUCAUCACAACCAGUUGACUUCGCACUUAAAGAGACAAGCCCUUACCUUGGAGGUGGAAGAGUAGUUGGGGGUCGUGUUAUACAUGGAGACAAGACUGCAAGCACUUAUGAUCUUGUUGAACGGAUGUAUUUUCUCUAUGUAAGAGUUGUUAAGGCUCGUGAACUUCCUGCCAUGGAUGUUACUGGUAGCCUUGAUCCAUUUGUCGAGGUGAGAAUUGGAAACUACAAAGGGAUCACAAAACAUUUUGAGAAGAAGCAAAAUCCUGAGUGGCACCAGGUGUUUGCCUUUUCUAGGGACCGAAUGCAAGCUUCUGUACUAGAAGUUGUAAUCAAAGACAAGGAUCUAGUAAAAGAUGAUUUUGUAGGCAGUGUGAGGUUUGACAUCAGUGAGGUUCCAUUGCGAGUCCCACCAGAUAGUCCUCUAGCUCCAGAGUGGUACCGACUUGAGGAUAAGAAGGGAGAGAAGAUAAAGGGUGAGCUGAUGCUCGCAGUUUGGAUUGGCACCCAGGCAGAUGAGGCCUUUCCUGAUGCAUGGCAUUCUGAUGCAGCUACACCUGUUGAUAGCACACCAGCUAUCUCUGCAGUGUUACGUUCCAAAGUCUACCAUGCACCGAGGUUGUGGUAUGUGCGUGUUACAGUUGUUGAGGCACAAGACUUGGUCCCAACAGAGAAGAAUCGUUUUCCAGAUGUUUAUGUUAAGGCCCACAUAGGAAACCAGGUCUUGAAAACAAAGACUUGCCAGGCACGGACACUGAAUGCCAUUUGGAAUGAGGAUCUAGUAUUUGUUGCUGCUGAACCUUUCGAAGAUCAUCUAGUUCUUUCAGUUGAGGAUCGUGUGGGUCCUGGCAAGGAUGAAAUUAUUGGAAGGGUCAUCAUACCAUUGAGUGCGGUAGAGAAGAGUGCUGAUGAUCGAAUAAUCCACUCCCGCUGGUUCAACUUGGAAAAGCCAAUUGCUGUUGAUGUAGAUCAGUUGAAGAAAGAUAAGUUCUCAAGCCGGAUCCAUCUCAGAGUCUGUCUGGAUGGAGGUUACCAUGUUCUUGAUGAAUCGACUCACUAUAGCAGCGAUCUCCGUCCAACUGCAAAACAGCUGUGGAGACCAUCAAUUGGGAUUUUAGAGCUUGGCAUUCUAAAUGCUGUGGGCCUUCACCCCAUGAAAACACGAGAUGGGAGGGGAACUUCAGAUACAUAUUGUGUGGCAAAAUAUGGUCAAAAAUGGGUCAGGACACGAACCAUUGUUGACAACUUGUCUCCAAAAUAUAACGAGCAGUACACAUGGGAGGUUUUUGAUCCAGCUACAGUUGUCACUGUGGGUGUAUUUGACAACAGCCAGCUUGGAGAGAAGGGUUCAAAUGGUAAUAAGGACCUGAAGAUUGGCAAGGUUCGAAUUCGCAUCUCCACUCUAGAAACUGGUCGCAUAUAUACACACUCUUAUCCCCUGCUAGUUCUUCAUCCUUCUGGAGUUAAAAAGAUGGGGGAAUUGCAUAUGGCAAUACGAUUUUCAUGCACAUCUUUUGCAAACAUGCUUUAUUUGUACUCCCGACCACUUUUGCCUAAGAUGCACUAUGUGAGGCCAUUCUCCCUGAUGCAACUAGACAUGUUACGCCACCAAGCUGUAAACAUAGUGGCAGCAAGAUUAGGUCGUGCAGAACCUCCACUUCGGAAGGAGGUGUUAGAGUACAUGUCUGAUGUGGACUCACAUCUUUGGAGUAUGCGCCGCAGCAAGGCAAAUUUCUUCAGGCUUAGGACAGUUUUCUCCGGAUUAUUCUCUGUUGGGAGAUGGUUCGGCGACAUUUGUAUGUGGAGAAAUCCUAUUACAACCGUGCUUGUCCAUGUGCUCUAUCUUAUGCUUGCUUGCUUCCCCGAGUUGAUUUUACCCACAGUUUUCCUUUACAUGUUUCUAAUAGGGAUAUGGAACUUCAGGUACCGGCCAAGGUACCCUCCGCACAUGAACACAAAGAUUUCACAAGCUGAGGCAGUUCACCCUGAUGAACUUGAUGAGGAAUUUGACUCAUUUCCCACCAGCCGAAGCCCUGACCUGGUGAGAAUGAGGUACGAUCGACUGAGAAGUGUGGCUGGUAGAAUUCAAACUGUGGUAGGUGAUGUGGCAACCCAAGGGGAAAGGUGUCAGGCAUUGUUAAGCUGGCGAGACCCACGUGCCACUGCCAUAUUUGUCACAUUCUGCCUUGUUGCUGCACUGGUAUUGUUUGUGACACCAUUUCAGGUGAUAGCAGCAUUGGCAGGGUUCUGGGUGAUGAGGCAUCCAAGAUUUCGUCGUAGGAUGCCAUCAGUGCCCAUUAACUUCUUCCGUCGGCUGCCUUCCAGGACAGAUAGUAUGUUGUAAAUUGGACACUGGAUAUCUUUGGUUGGGGUAUCAGAACUUGUAAGUGCUUCAGCCAACUUCUUUAAACUAUUGCUGUUUCCUGCUGCAUUUCAUGCUUACUAACAUGUUAUGGUCAUCGAAGUUGUUGGUUGGAUAGACC